ACUGACUGAAAUUUUGGCAAGGCGUACUGGUCUACAGACACUUAUUUAUUCGAUAAAGUGCAUCAGGGAAAAGUUUUCCUGACUUGAAUAUUGAGGCAUGGGAGAUAUCCAGAAUGAUGGGACCUUCACUACAGAUGGAGCCACUGGAACACAGGCCAUUACGGAAGCACAGCAAGAGUUACAGAACUUUUGGCCAAAGCAGCUUGAGAAAAUAAGAAACUAUGGUCAAAGCGAGUUUAAGGUACAGGAGCUGCCGCUUGCUCGCAUAAAGAAAAUCAUGAAGCUCGAUGAGGAUGUGAAGAUGAUUAGCGCGGAAGCCCCAGUGUUGUUCGCGAAGGCCGCUGAGAUGUUCAUCGAAGAGCUGACACUGCGAGCGUGGAUACACACGGAGGACAACAAGCGACGUACACUGCAGAGAAAUGACAUUGCCAUGGCUAUCUCCAAGUUUGAUCAGUUUGACUUUCUUAUUGACAUUGUACCAAGAGAAGAAAUGAAACCAACCAAAAGGGAGGAAGGGUCACGGCAGGCUUCAAUGAUGCCAGAACAAGUGCAGUACUACUUCUCGCUCGCCCAGCAGACGAAUGCAGCGCUUCAACAGCAGCAACAGCAACAACAGCAGCAACAGCAGCAACAACAACAGCCCCAGCCUCAGCAACAAGUUGUCGCAAUACAACAACCUGCAGAGGCAGAGGCAGUACAGCAACAGACGCAGGCAAGCCAAAUUCUUCAGCUUCCCUCACAGGGUCAGACACAGGUUGUACAGCAGGUGGUGACCAGCACAGGGGAGGUGCAACAAGUACCUUACCAGCUGACCCCAGCUCAAUUACAAAUGAUCCGUGUCCAGCUUGGUCAGCAAGGUAACCAGCCACUCAUCAUCCAGAUGCCUUCGCAGCAGCAAUCCGUCAUGCAGCCAGCCACGCAGCAGGUUGUAGUUCAAGACCAGCAGCAGUUUGCCGGCCAGCCGGUUUAUCAGAUUCAACUGCCUACUGGAGGUACUCAACAAGUGUACAUUCAAGCUGCCCAGCCAGAUGAAGUGCAUUCAGAUAGUCAAGAAUAGUGUGUGCGUGUAAAUGUGUACAUAAAUGUGAUAACAAGACGGGGAAGCAAAACAGCAUUUCUUUGUCAUGUUCAGGUGUAUACUCUGCGAUCACCGAGUGUGGGCACAUUGUUCACAGUGUGAAUAUACCAAAUCCACACUACUGACAGUUUAAGAAAAAUAUCUAACUGUGACUCGUAUAGUUUUCUUUUUUAGAAUUGUAAAUAUUAAUAUCUUAGUAUUAUUCAAUAUUGUAUGUAAGUAUUGAUAUUAGAUUAGCAAGAUCAUUGUCAAAAUUAUUCCAUAGAUCUGUAGACUGAGGAAAUGCACUUUGUGUGAAACAAGUGUAAAUAUUUUAUGAGUCAAUGUUAAUCAACUUUUUUGACAAUAAAGUACUUUUAUACAUAAA